AAAAUUGUUUGUUCAUGUGAAAUAAUUGAAAAAAUUUGCAAAUAUAUAAAUAAAUUAAUGCCUACAAAAGCAUUUAAUAGUUUUAUAAAUUAAUUCGUAAAAAAAAUCAUAAAAUAUGCCAUUUAAUACACGGCACAAUUAUAAUACACGACAUGAAUAUGCCACAGCCAAUGCUGGAAAUAUUGGCAGCAACAGCAGCAAUAUCGGAGGCGUGAAUGCAGUAAAUGGCAUUUUACGCAAAGUAAAUGGCUCCUCGUCCGGUUCAUCCUUAUUGUCUAGUACGACCAAUGCCAAUGAAGUGCGUCAUGUUGAUUUAUUGGUAUUUGGUUAUGCCUGCAAAGUAUUUCGCGAUGAUGGCAAAGCCCGUGACAUUGAUCAGGGCAAACAUUUAAUACCCUGGAUGGGGGAUAAUAAUCUAAAGAUUGACAGAUAUGAUGUGCGUGGUGCUUUGUAUGAUUUAACCCCCUAUGAGCCACCACCGGGAGGUUAUGGCAACCGUUUAGAUUACCUGACGGCCGAAGAACAAAGAGCCGAGCAGUUGUGCGAAGAAGAGCGUUAUUUAUUCUUAUACAGCAAUGAGGAAGAUGUCAUAACCAAACAGGAGGAGGAAUUGAAACGUCUGCAACAGGAAACAAAUGGCAGUAGUUACAGUCAAGUUGGGUUUGCCUAUGAUCCGUCACAACAAAUUGGUCCAAAUCGUGAGGAGUUUUUCAAUUCACCAACAUGUGAAGAAGCUGAACAAGCUUUUCAAUUGCCGUACAAUUUUCAGGUGCCAGAUGGAAUGCAAUUGCCUGAAACAAUGAAACAACAUGCUAUAAUCGAGAAAACCGCUCGAUUUAUAGCCUCUCAAGGUGUACAAAUGGAAAUUCUCUUAAAAGCCAAACAAUCAAAUAAUGCACAAUUUGAGUUCUUGUCUCGAAAUUCCAUACUCAAUCCGUACUAUAAAUAUGUGGUUAGUUCCAUUAAAGAUGGGACAUAUCCACAACAUACCGAAGCCAAAGAAAAAGACAACAAAGACACUGAUAAUGCCAAUGGCAAUACACUGGUCAGUGUGGAAAAUGUGGUGGUAAAACCAGUUGUAACAGUGCCCACCAUUAAAUACAAACCCUCAGCUGAUUGUGCCUACACACAGUUGAUAAGUAAAAUCAAGGGUGUACCACUGUCCGAACUGCACGAUGAAAGUUCCAGGCAAAGUUUGGCUUCACAGCAGGAAAGUGCAAAUAAUUCACCUUCCUUAACGCCAGUUCUGUUGCAGUACAAUGGUGCCACCUUUAUUACCGAACAAGAUGAUAAUUCUAAUUCCAAUAUGACGGUUACACAAAGCAGUGGUGAUAAUUUAAAUGAUUCCCAGCCCAAAGUGGAGAUCUUAAAGAAUUCCAGUGCUUUGGCUUUGGCCCAAAAUUACUCGUCGGAUUCGGAGACAGAAGAGGAAACGGUUGAGGAGGCUAAAGAGAAAACACCACCGAAAUUAGAAUUUCCAUUGCCACCAGAAAGUUUACAAAAUAUUAUCGACAAAACUGCAGUGUAUGUUAUAAAAAAUGGACGACAAUUUGAGGAAACGUUGCGCAGUAAAUCCGUAGAACGUUUUACCUUUCUGCUGCCCGAUAAUGAAUAUUAUCCCUAUUAUAUGUACAAAAUAACCGGAGAUUCCAAUGCAGCCUCUAAAGAACAAAAGAAACGUAAAGCCAAAGAAGUGGCGGAAGCGCUUUUAAGUAAAAAAGGUUUAAGUGGUGAUAAAACUGCGGCGUCAGCAGCAACAAAUCCCGUAUCAUUUUCCAUUAAAACUAAGGAAGAAAAUGUGGCCAAUGUAACACUUCAACAACCCGCUUUACCCCAAGAACACAGUGAUGAAGAGGAUAAACCAAAAACAAAUACAUCAGCUGCCGGUACCCAGCGCCAUGUACCCGAACAUGUACAAAAGGCCAUACAAUUGGUAGAGUCCCAGCUAAUGGCUAGAAAUGCUCAAUUAGCUGCUACCUUAGCUUUACGCCAAACCCCCCUUGCCAGUACAACUAGUACUACUAAUAGUAGCAUAAAAUCCUUAAGCACAUGCUAUGAAUCAGAUAAAUUUCCAAACAAAUUAACAAAUCCCGCAGUGGCUAUAACCACCAGCACUUCCAACACUUCGAAAACAGAAGCGGAACGAAAUGCUUUAUUUGAACAGCAGCAACAGCAGCGUCAUAAGGAAUUAAAAAAAGCUGAAGAAAAAGUUAAAGAUAAAUUGGCCCAAAUUGCCCGUGAAAAACUUGGUGGCUUAAUAUCGAAGGAAAAACAAUUACAAUUGGAGCGUAAGCGCAAAGCCAUGGCAUUUUUAAAUCAAAUUAAAGUUGUUUCAAAGACUGACAACGAUUCCGAAGCUGAUCCAACCAAGAAACCCAAAUCAAAUAACGAGGAUGAGGGCAAUAAUAGUGAUGAUUCAGAAGUUUCGGUGCACUCCAUACCUAUUACGUCCUAUGGACCCAAUAGCGAUGAUGAAUUGGAUUCAAAACUCGAAAAUAAACUGGUCACACCAACGCCUCCAUCGCCGCCGCACAUUUCUACAAAAUCCAAAGAGUUGGCACAACAUAAAACCGCCACCGUUAAUGUGUCCGAUGAUGAUGAAGUGGAAUUAAUAAGCGAAAUUAAACCCAGAGAAAUGUACAGUAAACGUCGCUCUCGAUCAAUAUCCAAAGAUAUUUUAAUAACGUCUACACUAACACGUAGACAUUAUCGUAAACAUGAUAAGCGCACACCUUCAACCGAAUCCAUAUUGUCCUCGAACAAUGAAUACGAUGAAGAUGAGGAGAACGAAGGGGAGAGAGGAUCCCAUAGAUCUAAAUCAAAAUCUCAUAAAUCGAAAAAAUCCAAAACAAAAAAAUCCUCUAAAAGUAAAAAGAAAUCAAAAAAACGUUCACGUUCCAAAACGCGUACACGUUCGCGAUCACGUUCACGUAGUCAUCAUCAAAGCCAUCACAGUGAGAGACAUAGACGCCGAAGCAGAUCACGUAGCAAUAACCAUGAUGAAUAUUACAAACAAGCCAUCAGCGAACGGGAAAGGGAGAGGGAGAGGCAACAACGUAAACGAUCUUCGCACACGCCCAGUCGCAGCAAUUACAGCAGCAGUUAUAGUCGUUCCCAUAAAGAUAAGAGUCGUUCACAUAGAUAUGAUUAAAUUUACCAAAACACACCAGUGGAAUCUUACAAUUGUUUUGUUUAAAAAAAAUUACUUUUUACCUAACGAAAGCGUACUUCCGUACACCCCAUAUCAUAAAUACUUCCGGGGAUAUAUAUAUAUAUAAAGUUCUUUUUUAUAUAAAUAUAUACAUACAUACAUACACACAUAUAGAAAGUUUUUUUAAUUUUUAAGUAUUUAGACUUUAUACUAAAAACAAAAUUUAAAGAUAAAAAAAAUACGUAAAAUGUUGUUUAAAUUGUUUUAGGCAGUUACAUAAAUAUGUAAAUAAAGUAAAAUAUAAAAUAAAAUUCA